AUGUCAUCUAUUACUAAAACUACUGCUGCCACUGAGACUUUUAAGAAAAUUAGAUCUCAUGAUAAACACAGCACUAGUUAUAUUUCACGUUCUUUUAUUGCGGGCGGUGUGGCAGGGAGUUUGGCCAAAACCGUGAUCGCACCUCUUGACAGGGUUAAAAUAUUGUUUCAAACGAGUAGUCCACAAUUUCAACAAUAUGCAGGAUCAUGGGCUGGUUUGGUUCAAGCUACUCAAAAAAUUUAUAAUGAUAAUGGACCUAGAGGUUUAUUUCAAGGUCAUUCCGCUACUCUGAUUAGAAUUUUUCCAUAUGCUGCAAUUAAAUUUGUUGCAUAUGAACAAAUUCGUCAUAUAUUAAUGCCGACGAGGCAAGACACGACAUCAUUUAAAGUUUUGGCAUCUGGCUCGUUAGCUGGAAUUACUUCAGUACUUUGUACUUAUCCCCUUGAACUUAUACGAGUUAGACUUGCUUUUGAAGUUGGUAAAGAUUCACCUGUUGGAUUAAGGUCGAUAUGUCAAAAAAUAUAUCACGAAAGUGCAGCAUCAUUACGUUAUGAAUAUUUUCAUUUUCCAUUAAUGAAUUUUUAUCGAGGAUUAUUUCCAACUAUUAUGGGUAUGAUUCCUUACGCUGGAGUAUCAUUUUGGACUCAUCAUAUCCUUACGGAAUUUUGUAGAAAUUCAUUAUUUGAACAUACUACCAAACCUUCGUUAGUUAUUGGUAAAUUGGAUAGUAGUGGACAAGAAAUGAGACCACCAUUGAAAGCACGGAUUGAAUUAAUAGUAGGUGGAUUGGCAGGUGCAAUUGCACAGACAACAUCUUAUCCAUUCGAAGUGAUUCGACGUAGAAUGCAAGUUUAUGGAGCAUAUGAUCCUUCAAAAUUUGUUGGUAUUUGGCAAACAGCAAAAACAAUUUGGAAUACGAAUGGGUUUAAAGGAUUUUAUGUGGGAUUAACCAUUGGAUAUAUAAAAGUUAUACCUAUGGUGGCAGUUUCUUUUACAGUUUAUAAUAGGAUGAAAUUAUUAUUAAACAUUGAAUGA